AUGGCGGCGGCGGCGGCAGCGGCGGGGGGUGGUGGCAGCGGCGCGGACGGGGGGAGCUCGGGCGAGGAGGACGCCGGCGGCCCGGUGGGAGAGAGCCGUUACCUGGCUGCGUGCCGGGCCUGCGGCGUGACCCCAGCCUCCGGCCUCCUGCGGUGCACGCCGGGCCCCACGCUCAGCCUGCGGCACCGUGGCCUGGGCCCGCGGGGUGCCAAGGCUUUAGCUCUUUCCUUGAUGGGCGAUACCUCUAUCCUCACGUUAGACCUGAGUGACAACUGGCUGCAGGGAGAAGGGGCAGCUGCAAUUGCGGAGAUGCUGAAAGAAAACUGCUACGUUUCAGCUGUUGAUUUAUCUGACAACAAAUUAGGCGUUGAAGGAGCUAAGGCCUUUUCCGCUAUGCUUCUAGAAAAUACUACAAUUGUUUCCCUCCAGCUCUCAGGAAAUGAAUUUGAUGAUCAUGCAGCGAAGUAUUUAGCAGAUGCCAUCACAGCAAACAGCAAAGUGGAAAUUCUGGAUCUGAGUUACAACAUGUUUGGAGACAAAGCAGGUGAAAUUCUUGGAACAGCAAUAGCAGAAAACAUUGGAUUAAAGGAACUUAAAAUCAGCUGGAACCAUUUCCAUAGCCAAGGGGCAGCUGCCUUGGCCAAAGGCGUGGGGGCAAACGUAUUUCUCAAAGUGCUGGAUGCUUCCUACAAUGGCUUUGGCAACAGCGGAGCAGCUGCCUUGGGGGAGGCUCUUAAAGCCAACAACGUGCUGGAAGAGCUCAACAUUAGCAACAACCGUAUUUCGGUGGAAGGAGCUCUGCACAUUGCAGCUGGCCUGAAAGAAAACAAGACUCUGAAAAGACUUAACAUGACCAGAAAUCCCAUGCAGAGUGAAGGCUGCCGUGGGGUCCUCAAAGCUCUACAAGCAAAUUCUGGCACUGGCAUAGAGAUCCUGGACUUGCCAGACAUCCAUGUGAACAAAGAGCUUGUAGAGCUGUGUGAUGCUGUGAAAAUACUUUUCCCAAAUCUUCUUCUCAGAUAUGGUGGAAACACGAAGUUGCGGAGGAAAAGUCAGUCGAAGGCUGAGCUUUGGACUCAGCCCAAAGUGGUUGGUAAUUCUCAGAAUGCAGUGGCUUAACAUGAGUCUCUUUGGGGCUGCUGCUUCGGCACCUCUGCCUAACACUCACCAAGCCCAUGACACAAGGAUGUGCCAGGGCAGUGCUAAGGCAGGAUCUGUGCAAAUAUUGGCUACUUCAUCAUUGCUGACACUUGGAAGUUUUUUCUCUCUUUUCGCUUUUAAGAUUUCUGCUACAACCAGCUCUGAGACUCUUCCAGCACAUGCAAGAGCAUCCUUAUGGGUGAGAGUCCAGGGGCUCCUUUUUAAUCAUCAUCUUUGUGUGUAGGGACAUUUGUCUGGUGGAAC